GCUCUACUUCCUGUCACGUGUCCGCUCCAGUGCGAUCACAUGACCCACAGUCAGUCGAAAAUGAAAGCUGUCUGGAGCUGGCAGAGACCUGUAGCGCUUGUUUUGAUCUUUAAUUUAUGUUUCAGGACAAGUUUUCAGCUGGCCGAGCUGCAGGUAUGUAGGAUCUGCUCCGGGACGGUCCUAAAUGGCACCACUGUGGGUCAGUUUUGCUCCGAAUCCGCUGGACGGAUAGACGGGCGGUGCUGCUGGAGGAACGACACCGCAAGUGACACUGAACGCAUCAUAGGCUUGGAUCUGUCCAACUGUUCACUGACUCACGUGGACGAUCUUCAGGAAGCGUCAACGGUGGUAAUAAUAGACCUGUCACUCAACCCCAUAGUCAACAUGAGUGACACGGCAUUUCAAGGAUUUAGUAAGUUAAAUUUCAUGGUUUUGCCACAAGACACUGUCUGUCCGGGAGGAAACACUUCUUGGGAAAAGGUGGAGGUCAAAGAGGGGAACCGAUUUUGUGAAGGUCAAAAAAACAUGUGCAACCAGACUGGACACAUGUCCAUCGAUUGUCCGGAGAACUCCCUCUGUGCCCCCUAUGGUCCCGGAUUCUUUGAGUGCAGUUGUGCUGAUCGCCACCACGGAUACAAGUGUCUUCGAGAGGGGCAGUUUCCAGCUCUCCAGGUGUUCGGGCCUCUCGCAGCAUCUACAGUUGUGAUGUCGCUCCUUCUGUGGGUCACCCAGAGACGUAAGGCCAAAUCGCUGUGAGGCCAAACUCCAGUCAACUGAUUUUAUUCUAACGAAAAGCGACUCCUCAGAAAGGGAAGAUGCCAACAGGGAAUUGCUGACAAAGUCUGCAGUGACAGCAGGCUUGUUCUUACUUAUUUUAUGAAUUUUACGCCUUUUGUACACAGCUAUGUUUUAUUUGAGGAGAUUUUUAAGACUUACUUUUUUUGUUGUUACUCUAUCAGGUGCAAUUUUAGACCAACUAUUUGCUCCAAGUUUAAAAUUAGUUCUUAUUUUUGUCAGAACUGACCACUAUUAACACUUUAAUGCACAUAAGGUGAUAGCAAAGGUGGCUGAUGGAAGUCUUUGCUUGGUGCCAACAAAUGCUGAAUGUGUCCGAAUUCACACCAAGACUGACUUUAUGUCUUGAACCUUGUUGUUACAGAGAAUUUAGCUGACAAUUUAUUGCAUGUUUAAUAUGAACUUAAGUUAAAAAGAACUUGUCAGUUUCCAUUUAUUGCGAACCUCCAAGACUGCAAAGCUGCAUUUUUUUUUUUUUUUUUUUAAAUUCAAUUCUUUAGUUGUAACUUUUAUAAUUCAUAGUCCUGGAACACAAAAUCUGAGUAUUUGCAGCUUUAGGGUAAAACAAGACACAAUAUGUGAGAUCCAUUUGUGUUUUAGCUUUUGUUCAUGGGUACAUGUGGUACAGUGUCUUGAUGUUUACAAGCAAGAUGCUUUGAUGUGACUUCCCAAUUAGAUUCGGGGCUCUAAUAAAGAUUUUAAAACUGUA